CGUGAUCUCGCGUAUAUGACGUGCAUCAGGCUGCCGGCUCCGAGAAACCGAGUUUACCGGCCGGUUCCAUCGACUUGUCAAGAGGCUGCAAUGUUCUAAUCCAGACUAUUUGAUGGGCAACCCUGGGUAUUUGGCCCGUAGGACCAGUGAUGAGACCCCAGCGGUUCGUUGCUAACGUUGUAGUGUGCCGUGUCUUGACGCGCCACGUUCAUUAUGGGUGUUACAGGACUCUGGACUGUGGUUGCGCCAACUGCGCGACCGACUCAACUGGCAUCGCUUAAUCGCAAGCGGCUUGCUGUCGACGCCUCGAUCUGGAUCUACCAGUUCCUUAAAGCGGUGCGUGACAAGGAGGGAAAUGCACUGAGGAACAGUCAUGUGGUAGGAUUUUUCCGGCGGAUCUGCAAAUUGCUCUACUACGGGAUCAAGCCGGUGUUUGUGUUUGACGGCGGGGCGCCGAUACUCAAGCGCGAGACGAUACGAAAAAGGGCGCGACGGCGAGAAGGACGACGAGAAGAUGCGGCGCGGACGGCGGGCAAAUUGCUUGCGGUACAAGUUGCCCGGGCGGCGGAGGAGGAAGAAAAGAGAAGAAAGGCACGGGCGGGAGGAGCAAAAGAACGCACACCGGAGGAAGAAGAGUUGCCGGCCGACCAAGAGCUGGUGUACGUGGAUGAAAUCGGCAUGACGCAAAAAGAAAGACAGGCCGGACGCCAGUUCAGGAAAAAGGACCAGUACCAUCUGCCCGACCUGGACGUCAGUCUCGAGAGCCUCGGAGCGCCCAACGACCCGCGGAUCAUGUCGCAGGCCGAACUGGAGGAGUAUGCUCGGCAAUUCCACAGCGGCGAAGACAUCAAUCUAUAUGACUUCAGCAAGAUCGACUUUGAAAGCCCGUUUUUCUUGUCCCUCCCCGCGGGCGAUCGGUACAAUAUCCUCAACGCCGCGCGGUUGCGCUCCAGGCUCCGUAUGGGAUAUUCGAAAGAACAGCUCGACGGCAUGUUUCCCGACCGCAUGGCCUUCUCCAAGUUCCAGAUCGAGAGGGUCAAGGAGCGCAAUGAACUCACGCAGAGACUAAUGCAUAUCAAUGGCAUGGCCGAGGACUUUCUCAACCAGGGCGGCAGGAUCGCUGGUGAGAAGGGCAAAGAGUAUAUUCUGGUCAAGAAUGAAGGUGUCGACGGCGGCUGGGCUCUGGGCGUGGUGUCGAAUAAACAAGGCACUCGGAAGGAAAAUGCAAUCGAUCUCGAAGACGAAGAGAAGUCGGUCGAUUUGAAUACAGAGUCGGCGGAAGAAGAUGAGUUCGAAGACGUCGCUAUUGAAGGGUUGAAUCGCAUCCCAAAGGCCUGGCGGCGCAAGAGGAAACAUCCCGAUGAUGACGGUCUGUAUGCUGGGACCACUGCCAGUAAUGCUGUCGAGGAGAUUGCGAAGAAACGAAAAGCCGUGUAUGACGCGCGAAAGGCUGCUGCAAGUUUUCCGCAGGCCCGUCCGGCACCUCCUCCUCCUCCCGGAGAGGCCGCUGGCGCUGCUACCGCUCCUGGUCGUGAGGAGGGAAAUGAUGACACGCUCUUCGUGCCGGAAGAGAAGACGCGGGAAGAUGAUGACGAGGACAUCGACGCCUUGUUUGAAGAUGUUCUACCUCUAGAGCAUGCUCACGAAGAUGAUGACAAUGACGACUUACAGAAAGCAAUUGCGAUGUCGUUGGAGCAACCGUCAGACGAUGCAGUUACCGGUGCCGGCGUUGGGGGAGGAUUUGUUGCGAAUGAGGGAGCGGCGGGUGAAGAUUCCGAUCAAGAUGACGGCUUCGAUCUACAGGCUGCCUUAGCGGAGUCUAGGCGGUCGAAACACCAAGGCAAGACCAAUGUCAGAGACAGAGAUGCUGGACCUGCAUUAUCCAUGCCUGCUGCAGAAUUGCCCAAGUUCGAUGGACCUCUGCCCUUUGAAUCGUUGAAUCUUGGGCAGUCUCUACUAGGCAAGAAAAAGUCCAAGAAAAUCGAGGAGGAUUUGUCCGGGGGCUUUGACAGAAACCUCGGUGAUGAUGCUUUUCGCAAAGACCGACCGCCUCAGCCUAUGCCUUCAUGGUUCGAUGCCGCCCCGACCACCAAAGACCUCAAGCAUUCUCCCGAACGGCAAGACGAGGAUGAGCAGAAUCUAACAGCGUCUAGGGGAGAUCUUGCUGAUCUAAGGGAAACCAUCCGCCGCGACAUAAAGGAAAUCAUUGAUCUCGAAGCCGAGGAAGACAAAGGCUCACUUGAAAACCCGGUGGACGUGGAUGUGGAUGUGGACCAAGAAAGCGAAGUUGAGGAAGUGGCACCUUCUCAGGAGGCAGGCGACGAACCAGCUAGUCCAAGUCAGCCUGAGUUGGCGGAAAGGGAUGGCAUAGGCAGCGAAGAGGAUGCUGAGCGGCAAAAGCGCGAGGAAGAGCGCGAGAAGCGGUACGAACUAGCACGACAGAUCGCCGCGGAAAAUGAACACGACGAGCCUUCAAUGGGAGACGUCGCGGAAAAGGCCCAAGCUGAACCCCCGCAACCUUCUGCAGUACCUGACUAUAUUCCCAAGCAACCUCCCGUGCAGAACCCUGGUCCUGCAGAGGCACCGGAAAGUGACUUUGAGGAAAUUGACUGGAGUGAAUCGGAGCAUGGACAACCGGAGAGCCCGGGAUCACUCGGGACUGUAGAGGAUGAGGAGACUCGAGAACGCGUUCUUUCUCAGCCUUCUGAACUAGCCAAGGAACAAACUGCAGCUGCUGAUGCAGACGAAAACGAUGACGAUGACGAGGGCGAAGCCUUUGAAGAUGUGGACAUGGAACCUGCUGCUACUGCAGCGGCGGCGGAAGCAUCGUACGACUCUUUUCGUGGACGCAACGGAAGCAGCCAAGCGGCAAAGGCGUCUUUUGACCAGGAAGCAACGACAUUUUCAUCAACAGUCGAACAACAACGAGACUCUGUCGUCCAAUCUGCCGAGGCUGCCGCAGCUGCCGAAGAAGAAGAAUUCGAAUAUCUCUCCGAGUCUGAAGAAGAACUAAUGCGCCAACUCGCAAUCGAAGCUGAAGAACACGCGCGCUUCGCCUCAUCCCUACACAACCAAAGGACAUCGGAGCAAGCAAUCCGCGACUACGAGAACGAACUCAAACAACUACGAAACCAACAAAAAAAGGACCGUCGCGACGCCGACGAUGUCACACAAGUCAUGGUCCAAGAAUGCCAGGCCCUUUUACGUCUAUUUGGCCUCCCCUACAUCACUGCACCCAUGGAAGCCGAAGCGCAAUGUGCAGAACUCGUCCGUCUAGGCCUAGUCGACGGGAUCGUGACUGACGACUCGGACAUUUUUCUUUUUGGCGGCACCAGGAUCUACAAGAACAUGUUCAACGCGGCCAAAUUUGUCGAAUGUUAUCUUGCCUCUGAUCUCGAGAAGGAGUUUCUGCUCGAUCGUCGGCGACUGAUUAGUUUUGCCCAUCUCCUGGGCAGUGAUUAUACCGAGGGCAUUCCUGGAAUCGGACCUGUGACAGCUCUUGAGAUUCUUACGGAUUUUGAGAGUCUGGAUGAGUUUAAGGCUUGGUGCGAUCAAGUCCAGCUGGGGCGACCGCAGGAUCUCGAAGAUCAACUUACGACUCCGUUUCGGAGGAAAUUUCGAAAGACGGUGCAGAAGAGGUUGUUUUUGCCGCCUAAUUUUCCGGAUAAGAGGGUCGAUGAGGCGUAUCUCAAGCCGGAGGUCGAUUCGAAUCCGGAGCCGUUUCAGUGGGGGGUUCCGGAUUUGGAUAAAUUGAGGGGGUUCCUGAUGGCUACGAUUGGGUGGUCUCAAGAAAGGACGGAUGAGGUUCUAGUGCCGGUUAUUAGGGAUAUGAAUAGACGAGAUGUGGAGGGUACGCAGAGUAAUAUUACGAGGUUUUUUAGUGGUGGCGUGGGUGUUGGGGCUGCACCUGGUGGUGGUGGUGGUGCCAAAGGGGGUGCUAAAGGGGGUGCUGGUCAACUGGCAGUCGGAGGUGAAGGUCCAGGUAAUAAUGCCGAGGCUAUGGCGCCUAGGAAUCGGACGGGCAAGGAGUCUGGACGUAUGAAGAAUGCUUUUAAGAGGUUGAGAGGGGAGGCGGAGAAGAAGAGGAAACGGAGGGUGGUUGAUGAUGACGAUGCUGAUGAUGAGGAUGGUGGUGGUGAUGAUGAAGACGAUCGUGAUUAUAAUCCUGCAUGAAGUCAAAGGGAGUGGAUUGUGGUUUUGCACCAAGGGCAAGAGAGAAUGUGGAUAACGAGCCAUCAUCGGUUUGAAGCACGUUGACGAAGAUGGAUGGUGGUGAGCAUGACAUGAAGUCCUGAGUUGAGGCAUGCGUGUUGUCUUGACCUUUCUUGCCCUUGUCCUUCCUAUAGCAUCAGGUUGCUAAGCACUUAGUACCUCCAUCCCGUCUUGCUUUUCUGUUGCGAUUCCAGGUGAAACAUGCCCAGCCAGCAGGCCAGUUCAAUAUGGUUAUCGUCGAUCCAUCUGAUGGUGGUCGGUUGCGAGAGAGCUCGACUUCGCGGUUGAAUGUCUGGCAAAGUGCAGCUGGCUGUCAGUCCACAUUGUUAUUCGUCGGAGCAGGGGUGAACGAACCGGGUGGAUGGGCAGCCUGAAGUGUGUCCAACUGCUUCCUGUGACUCCAUGUGGUCCGGGAUAUGAAAGCAUGACGUUCCUCAGAGUGCUAUUCUGCGGAGAGACCCCCAGCAUCCAGUAAGUCUCCGUUGUAUAGCGAUUGUCAAAGGUUUCUCGGGUGUGGAGAGUUCAGCCUCGUUCGGGCCGCAUCUGCAUGUCAAGCAGAUCUGCGCCUCCCAUACACAGAACUAAGUGCGGGAUAGGAGGCUGCUGGUGUUGGAGUUGUGAUCGGACAUUGGAAGGGUCGCCGGUGAUCGUUCGGCUCGAGUGGUUCUUGUGUCCGAAUGGGUCCGCUUUGUGGACCGUGGUUGUGCUCGAAAUCAUGUUCGAGCCGAGCUAGACAUUCUGCUCGCUUUCGAACCUUUAACUCUAGAUGGGAACAUCAUACUACCCCCGGCAGCAAUUGUUGGAGGUAAGAAUCGUAGGUUCAAUGAAUUCCAGGGUGAAAAACACAGACAGGACAAGGGAGACACCAGAGCAAGCGGUUUUGCGCGACCUUUGGUCGGCACCUGAGGCACCAAAGGGGGGAUGACCGGCAGCCUGGGAGAGCCGUAUGCUAGCCCCAUGAGCUUUCCAGAGCAAGAAAUCAACUCUGAGGAGUGUUGGAGCAGGAUUUUGCAGGAUCCGGUAGCCGUGAUUCAGGGUCUGCCCAUUCGGCGAUGCAACUGCGGACACAUCAACCGUCUAUCGUCGGCACCCUUGUUCUCAGUGUCCUCGGCGUAACUACUCUCGGCUAUGUAGCUGGUGUACCCUUCGUUGCAACAGUGAGGGCAUCGGUGUUGCAAGUACGACUUGGGGUCGAACCAGUUGAGAAUAUCAGUCCAG